UGGGCGGGUUUUUCUCCGUGCCGCGAAGUCUAUUUUGGCGCGAAAGUAGUGUUUUCGCGCGCUUUGUCCUGCUGGUCUGAUCACCGCCAUUCUUUGAGCUGUACUCUCGCACUCACUGUCCCUACUUCUAGCAUGUCCGGAUUUGAUGAUCCCGGUGUCUACUACAGUGACAGCUUCGGUGGGGAACAGCCGACUGGGGACGAUGGUCAAGCCAAGAAGUCCCAGCUGAAGAAGCGGUUUAAAGAGUUCCUCCGGCAGUAUCGGUUCGGCACCGAUCGCACCGGAUUCACCUAUAAAUACAGAGAUGAACUAAAGCGUCAUUAUAACCUGGGCGAGUAUUGGAUUGAGGUGGAAAUGGAGGACCUGGCCAGCUUUGAUGAGGACCUUGCAGACUACCUUUACAAGCAGCCCACAGAACAUCUACAGUUGCUAGAGGAAGCUGCGCAGGAGGUAGCGGAUGAGGUCACACGGCCUCGACCCACAGGUGAAGAAACUGUACAGGAAAUCCAGGUCAUGUUGCGAUCUGAUGCCAACCCUACCAACAUUCGCAGUCUAAAGUCAGAGCAGAUGUCUCACCUCGUGAAGAUCCCUGGUAUCAUCAUUGCUGCAACGGCAGUGAGAGCCAAAGCCAUCAAAAUCUCCAUUCAGUGCCGCAGCUGCCGUAAUACAAUCGGUAAUAUAGCAGUGCGGCCUGGCCUGGAGGGUUACGCAAUGCCGCGCAAGUGCAACACGGAACAGGCUGGUCGUCCCAAGUGCCCCCUGGAUCCUUACUACAUCAUACCAGACAAAUGCAAAUGUGUGGAUUUCCAGACAUUGAAACUUCAGGAGUCACCAGAUGCUGUACCCCAUGGAGAGCUGCCACGUCAUAUGCAACUGUACUGUGACAGGUAUCUCUGUGACAAAGUUGUUCCCGGCAACAGAGUGACAAUAAUGGGUAUUUAUUCAAUUCGUAAAAGUGGCAAAACCUCUACUAAAGGGCGUGACAGAGUAGGUGUGGGUAUACGAAGCUCAUACAUUCGUGUGGUCGGGAUUCAAGUGGAUACAGAAGGCACAGGGAGAAGUGCGGUAGGAGCUGUGACCCCGCAGGAAGAGGAGGAGUUUAGACGCCUGGCUUCAAAACCUGACAUUUAUGAGACUAUUUCCAAAAGUAUUGCUCCAUCUAUUUAUGGUAGCAGCAACAUUAAGAAGGCCAUUGCAUGUCUUCUCUUUGGUGGCUCCCGCAAAAGGCUUCCAGAUGGUCUGACUCGUAGAGGAGAUAUUAAUUUACUGAUGCUGGGAGACCCUGGAACUGCUAAGUCUCAGCUCUUGAAAUUUGUGGAAAGAUGCUCUCCUAUUGGGGUUUACACCUCUGGGAAGGGCAGCAGUGCCGCUGGUUUGACUGCUUCUGUCAUGCGGGAUCCUGUGUCUCGUAACUUUAUUAUGGAGGGUGGUGCCAUGGUGCUGGCUGAUGGAGGAGUAGUGUGCAUUGAUGAGUUUGAUAAGAUGCGAGAGGACGACAGAGUUGCUAUCCAUGAGGCCAUGGAGCAGCAGACCAUUUCCAUUGCAAAAGCUGGCAUCACCACCACACUCAACUCCCGCUGUUCAGUGCUUGCUGCUGCCAAUUCAGUGUAUGGUCGUUGGGAUGACACAAAGGGUGAGGACAAUAUUGACUUCAUGCCCACCAUCCUUUCAAGAUUUGACAUGAUCUUCAUCAUCAAGGAUGAGCACAAUGAACAGAGAGAUAUGACCCUGGCCAAGCAUGUUAUGAAUGUACAUCUUAGUGCACGGACGCAAACUCAUUCCGUAGUAGGGGAGGUGGAGCUCAAUACACUGAAGAAGUACAUUGCCUAUUGCAGAACUAAGUGUGGGCCAAGACUCUCCGUUGAAGCAGCAGAGAAGCUGAAAAAUCGUUAUGUUCUAAUGCGUAGUGGCGCCCGAGAACACGAGAGGGAGAGUGAGAAGAGAUCCAGCAUUCCUAUUACUGUCAGACAGCUGGAAGCUGUUGUCCGAAUUGCGGAAUCUCUCAGCAAGAUGAAGCUGCUGCCUUUUGCCACUGAGAGCGACAUAGAUGAGGCUCUGCGUUUGUUCCAGGUAUCCACCCUGGAUGCGGCCAUGUCUGGAAGUCUGUCUGGCGUGGAAGGAUUCACCACACAAGAAGACCACGAGACGCUGUCUCGCAUUGAAAAACAAAUGAAGAGGAGAUUUGCAAUUGGUUCGCAGGUCUCUGAGCACAGCAUCAUCCAAGACUUUCUAAAGCAGAAAUAUCCAGAACAUGCUAUUCAUAAAGUUCUGCAUCUCAUGAUGAGACGGGGAGAGAUUCAGCAUCGUCUUCAGCGCAAAGUCCUAUACCGCAUCAAAUAAGACUGUAUAAAUUCAGGAUUUGAGUGUGCUUUUCUCCAUGAAAUGACUGACUAAUCCAUGCUGUUACAGCACAGUAAAGUGUCAGGCAUGGCUGCUUCAUAGUUUUUUUUUUUUUACUUCUGCCGUUAACAUCAGUAUUUAUUCACUGGCAAAUAGGAAAUGGCAGACCGAUUGCUUGGUCUCUGGUAUAGGAUACUGCGGUCUUCGGUCAGACUCUGCAUUGUGUAAAGCUUGUGUUCUUUGCAGCGAAGCAAAUCAUAGAUGGCAAUUCAGUGCUUUCAUUUAUUCUUAUUCUAAUGAAUAUGUCCUUUAUAUUAGCAGAGAAAUGAAUAAAAUUCAUAAAUCUU